AUGCCAAUAGAUCCUUCCAAAUGGCUCACUCAGCGGCACAAACACCCCAGAAUUGGCCCGGCCUAUCAAGCCACCAUACCUGCGCUGCAGGGGGCGCCUUUCCCGCAGGUGCCUUUGCGCUGGCUGGGCGAAGCAGCAGCAGCAGAGACGCCAGCAGCAGCAGCAGCAGCGGCAGGGGCUGCUGCUGGGACGCCCGCAGACGCAGCCGCCAGGGGAGCGGCCGCCAGAAACAGCAAAACGGCGGCAGCAGCAGCAGCAGCAGCAAACAGAAACAGCAACACCCCCAGCUGCCGGCCAGUCACCCGUAAGAUGAGGGCCUCAGCAGCAAAGGGUAUGGACCCCGCCAGCGACCUGCAGCAGCAGCAGCAGCAGCAGCUAGCAGCAGCAGAUGUUACUUUUGCUGCUAGUUUAUUUGCUGAUGCUGCUAGGGAAAUGAAGGAGGGUGAAGAAGGGCUCCCCAGGGAGACUUUUUCUGCUGCGCCGCCCGGCAGCAGCAACAGCAGCAGCAGCAGUGCAGCAGCAGAAGCAGCAGCACGGCACGCCGAUGCUGCUGACUACCUGCUACAGAGCAUUUCUGUGGCGGAAGCAGCAGCAGCAGAAGAAGCAGCAACAGCAGCGGCGGCAGAAGCAGCAACAGCAGCAGCAGCUGCUGAGGCAGCAACAGCAGCAGCAGCAGCACAAGCAGCAGCAGCAGAAGCCGCAGCAGCAGAAGCUGCAGCAGCAGAAGCUGCAGCAGCAGCAGCAGCUAGCGGACCUCUCGCUGCACUCGCAGCAACCUGUUUGCUGCCACCUCUUGGGAAGCACCCAUUGACAGAAGACGACAGCAGCAGCACCAGCAGCAGCAGCAGCAACAGCAGCAGCAGCAAAAAGGCUAAACUGGAAGAAUAA